ACACUAAUUCUGAACGUCCACGUUUUCUGGCGGUACCCACUUCGGCAUGCAUAACUAGCCCAAAAAGCCAGCGAUGUCGAGUGGGGAGCUCCGGGCUGCUGAUGCACUUGGCGUCGACCAGGGUGCCUGGAACAGCCAGAGGCGUCACUAUACAUACGUGCAUUCGGUAGUAUGGGGUGAAUAGCGUCUAGGCGAUUUGGACACCAUUAUUAUACUACCCUCCCGCUCACUCCGUCAUCCUUCAAUUCCCAAACCGCAGUUAAUUCUCCGACUUUGACAUUCGCUCGUUGUCGAUCGACGCACAUCUUCGCCAUGUCUAGCCACCCACGAUACUACUUCUCACUACCUACCGAGGCGCCACAACGAUCCCGCUCAGCAAGUCGGCGGCCACCUCUAACACCGUCAACUGUUUCUUCGCCAUGCCUCACCACACUCGUGCCUGUAACUUCUCGACGGGAUUCUGGCACAUCAACAUCGAGCAGCCCGACCAAGGCCUCUAUCCUCUUGGCUAAGGUUGCCUCAUCGCCUACUACACCUCGAGGCGAGACGCCACCUGGAAGCCCAAUGCUCACUCCACGGUCGAGGCUGCAGUCAGAACCGGCCUAUUCUUCUGAGAGGCCAUCGAUGUCCAGGACUGAAAGUGACCGCUACGUCAGGCAAUACAGGCAGCAGGAUGGCUACAUCAGCUUUCCUGACUUUGAGAAGUUUUGCCAAAACCAGAAUCCAUAUGGCGAGCAACAGCAGCAAUCUGAUGUCAGGACAUGAACAGACAUGCAUGAGUCUUUGAUGUUAUGCAACAAGGACUUGUCUUUUCAACAACACCCACCAACCCCAUCACCGAAUCGCCAGCCAGGCUUACGCUCCUUACCAUGAGUUGAAGUACCGUAAUCUGGACCCAGAGCAUCGCAAGUUGAUAGUAUUCUAUC